UGUUAUAUUGACCUUUGAAACCAUUAUUCUCAAGGUAAUCCCUUCAUCAGUGAUCACUACCAAGGUUGUCCCUUCAUCACUGGUCACUACCAAGGUUAUCACUUCAUCACUGGUCACUGCCAAGGUUAUCACUUCAUCACUGGUCACUGCCAAGGUUAUCACUUCAUCACUGGUCACUGCCAAGGUUAUCCCUUCAUCACUGGUCACUGCCAAGGUUAUCCCUUCAUCACUGGUCACUGCCAAGGUUAUCACUUCAUCACUGGUCACUGCCAAGGUUAUCCCUUCAUCACUGGUCACUGCCAAGGUUAUCACUUCAUCACUGGUCACUGCCAAGGUUAUCCCUUCAUCACUGGUCACUGCCAAGGUUAUCACUUCAUCACUGGUCACUGCCAAGGUUAUCACUUCAUCAGUGAUCAACAAUUCCAUUAUUCCUUUUUUUUUGUUAUUUGUUUUGCCAAU